UUUCUUCUUUCGAGAGAUUUUUUUCUUUUCGUUUUUGUUAUUUUAUUUCUAUUUUUAACGCGUCAAAUUCAAUAACAUGUUGGUUCUCGAAAACACAACAGACAUCCUAUGAUCCUAGUCCAUAUAGUGCAAAAAUGAUGAAGUUUAUCUGUUUGUGUGAGACUGUGUCUUAUAUGUAAGAAAAAAGAAAGGAAAAUGCAGUCUUUAGAUGUGUGUAAAAGGAGUUCAGGGAAAAUAUGGCACAGGAAACCAACUCCAUCCACUGAUAAUGGGUUGAUGGUUUCAAUAACCAAUAGUCAAUCAGGGCCUUUGUCACAAAAUGGCAGGAACAUUAGAUUUUUGCACACAUCAUUCGACAACAGCGGAGAUUGUUUCAUAGCUGGAGAUCACCAAGGCAAUAUAUUCCUGUUUGAUCUAAACAAAAACAGAUUUGCCCUGACACAGAAGUGUGGCCACCCCUGUACCGCACUUGCUUACAACCUGCGAAGGAAAACAGAGUUCCUGGUGGGCUUAUCGGACUACUCGCUAAAAUGUUUUGAUACAGAUACUAAAGAGAUGGUGGCCUGGAUGAAAGGCCACGAGUCAGCCAUUGGCAGCGUCUCGGUGCAUGCCUCGGGGAGGUACGCACUGACAACUUCUUAUGACACAGCACAACUCUGGGAUCUAGAUACCUUUCAACGCAAGCGGAAACUUAACAUCAAAGAGGAUGUUGGUAUAGUACAAGUGUUUUUUCUCCCUUUGAGUAAUACAAUCAUCACCGGUUUUAAGGAUGACACGAUAUUUGGAUGGGAGUCGGACACCCUGAACUGUAAAUACCAGCUGCCUGUCCCUCCCGGCAAAUCUCCCCACUAUAAGGCAUAUGCCCCCACACGGGAUGGAAGAUUGUUAGCGGCGGGUGGAAGGUCAAGGUUUAUUCACCUUUGGGAUUUAGACACGCACAGAUUGCUGAGAAUUAUAGAGUUGCCAGUCAAGGUUACCGCUGUCAAACAAUUGGUGUUCCUACCGGAUAACUUUGAUGCUGGAGCUAAUCAGACAUUGGGAGUAUUGAGCCAAGAUGGAAUUAUUCGUUUUAUCAAUGUCCACACCUGUAAGCUUCUGUUUGAUGUGGGAGGGGUGGAGAACCGAAUUAACAAUGUGACAGUCAGCCCUGGGGGGCGUUACUUAGUGGCAGUCAUGGAGGACGGAAGUUUACAUGUCUACAAUCUGCAUACAAUGUCCCAGGAACUCAGCAAGCCACCUGCCCCUCUGGUUAAAGUGGUCACCAACAACAAGAUGUCAGACACAGUGUCCACAGAAAGGUCCAGCAUUCUGAAAAAGGGGCGGUCAUUGUCUGCUCCAGCCAGGGGCAAAGAAAACCGACUGCAGGAGUAUGAAAGAGAGGACUUGAAAGAGCUCCCGGAGACGUUAAACUCGGAGAGAUUAAAGGCCAUAUUGAAGGGUUAUGGAGAAUACCCAGCCAAAUACCGAAUGUUCAUCUGGAGGUCCAUUUUACGGUUACCGGAAAACCACACGGCUUACGCCGCACUUGUUGACAAAGGCACACAUCCAGCAUACACUAAAAUUCACGAAGACUACCCUGUCAAAAGCAGAAAAUUGUUACGCAUUUUGCAGAGAAUUUUGUCGGCUCUGGCUCAUUGGUCGCCCAUCUUUGGUGAGACACAAUAUCUUCCUGUUUUAGCAUUCCCAUUCGUCAAACUGUUCCAGAACAACCAUCUUGUUUGUUUCGAGAUAUUGGCAACAUUUAUGGUAAACUGGGGAGACCACUGGUUUGAGUAUUUUCCCAAUCCACCCAUCAACAUCCUAGCCAUGAUAGAAAACGUCCUUGCUCAUCAUGACAAAUACCUACUGCAGCAUUUUGUUAAAUAUGGCGUCACAUCACAGAUUUAUGCUUGGCCGUUAUUGGAGACGCUGUUCUCGGAAGUUCUGACUCGGGAGGAGUGGUUGAUGCUGUUUGACAAUGUCUUCACGAACCACCCCUCCUUCCUUCUGAUGGUGGUGGUGGCAUACGCCAUGUCAGCUCGGGGACCACUGAUGCAGUGCGUGGAACUAGACGACUUCAGGUAUUUUUACCACCAUCGUAAUGCGGUAGAUAUACGGAGAGUGAUAAAGGAGGCGUACAGGUUAAUGGAAGCCACUCCAGACGACCUCCAUCCCCGCGGCUCGCUGCAGGAUUUCCGACACCUCACUGUGGGCCAGUACCCGGUGUUUAACAAAUAUCCCAAGUUCAUCGUGGACUAUCAGGUUCAGGAAAGGGAGAGAAUCAGGCAAGAGGAGCUGGAUUACAUGAGACAAAGACAAGUGUCUCUGGAGAUGCAGAAGGAAACCGUGAAGCGACAACAGGAGGAGGAAGCUUGGUACAGACAACAGCAGCUCCUAUUGGAUGCCGAGGAGAAACGGAGACGCAUGAUUCAAACAGAGGAACAGAAACUGGUGGAUCAGAGAAAGAGGCUGUAUGCAAUGAAUCGAGAGGUGAAACUGAAGGAGCUCCAGUUGUUGGAUGCGGCCCGGAGGAAGUUCCUUCAUUUCCAGAAACAGCAGCGAGAAGCGGAGCUGAAACGGCUGGAUGAUGAAGUUCAGAGAAAGGCUCUACUGAGAGAUCAGGAGACUGAGACCGCACUAGAGGAAGCAGAAAUCAGAAAUCUAGAGCUCCAGCUUCAGAAGAAAAUGUUUGAACAGGAGCUGUUCAGGGACUUUGCUACAGCGGGACAGCAGCUGAGAACAGAACAGGACAUGCACAGGAAGCAGGCAGAAUUAGAGGAGAGGAUCCAGCAGCGACUGAGAGAUGCGGAGCGAGAGAGACAGGUGGAAAUUCGCAAGCAAUUACAAGAAAACUUAGCAAAGGCAGCACAACAGAACAUAGAAUCUUGGGCACAAAAUGAGUUUGAGUAUAGACGGCGAGUGGAGGACUUAGAACGUGAAACCAAGAGUGUGCAGCUUGCGAAGACGAGUAGCGAGAACAGAGAGCUGGAGAGGGAGGUCCACGACCUGAUGCUUCAGUGUCAGGAGAAGAGGGAGGGAGAUGUAGAGGAGAAACAGGAAGAACUAGAAGCUCAGAAACACCUCGCCUCUAAAGCGGAUAAGCGAAGGCUGGAGUUUGUGGAGGAUGAAGCUAGACUUGCCCAGGAACACGGCAAGUCUAUGACAGAGGAUGCACUAUAUGCAACCAGAAAACAGAGACUUGGUCAGUCGUACCUAAACAACACAUCUCAGUCAUCGGCGUGGAACACACUUCAAACAUCAACGGAACCCGAAUCUUCAGUGUCACUGGAAAGGAGCAGUAGAACGUUUGACCAGCAGGAGCUAGCUCUGCUGAACGAAGUGCGACGACUGAGACAGAAACUCGCGAUAGAAAACCGCAACAAAAAGCCACCGACUGUCUAUGAUUCUACUUAAGCUCUGUAAGAGAAAAUGGGGCUUAGGAAAAGAAAUCAUGAAAUUCAUUUUCAUCAUCAAAUGAUAUUAUUUAUUGAUGUAAAGUAACCAACCUUAAUAUUGUGGGUAGUUGCUUAGUCUAUCUGUGAUACUACAUGUAGUAGUUAUUGUAAUGAAUUUGAAUGUAUCUUAUAAUAAAUGCAUAGAGGAUAUAUGAACU